GCAGCAAUCAAAAGAAGCAAACGAGACGGAAACAAAACAAGCAUGGCUGAACUAAAGUUUGUUCAGUAUCUGUUAGACGAAGAGAAACUUAUCUUGCAAAUUAUGGAAAAAUUUCAGAGCCAAGUAAACAAGCUCAGGGUCGAGGAGAUGAAUCUGCUGAGCGCACUUCGUGAUAAGCAGUUCGAAGAGACGAUCGCUGAACGACCUGUGCAAGAGGAAGAGCUGGCGGCGGUUGAUUUGACGGGUAGCAAGGCUGGAGUUGAAGACGACGAAGAGCCGACGAAUUCCGAGCUCAUUGACCUGCGAGUUGGUAGCAUCCUAAGCACACCGAUGGAUAUUUCAAGCGAGCCUCGAGACAUCAGUGAAGAGGAAGAGGAAGACGAGACGUAAAGCCCAGGUUGUCGCCAACUAACUAAUAAAGCCAAUAGUGAGGA